CAAAACUAUCAAAAUAAGUCUUGACAAAAGCAUUCAAAAUGUCUGGGCAAAAAUAUAAGUGUCCUGUAUUCGAUUCCCAAGAUUUUAGAAUAAUGCAAUCCGAAUGCGAAAAGAGGGUAAAACAACUGGAAAAAGAUGUUUACGACUGUUGCCGAAUGAUGAACAAUGCCGAAGAAGUUGAAGAUAUCAGCACUACAUGGAUAAAGGCUAUGCGAACUAAAGGGGAAAAGGAAAAUAGAGUGUCCUGGGAGUUCGAUAUGCGAGAUUUUCCCAUUGAAAAUAUUUGCAUUCAGCUGAAGGAUAGUCACAUCUAUGUUCGGGCCCAUUAUAAGAACGUGAAUAUUAAGCAAAAAAUUCUAAUUCCCCAAAAUGUGGAUACAUCCAAACUUGAGGCGGUUUUGACAGCCAGCGGAAUACUUGCCAUAUCAGUUCCAAUUGUAUCACCCAUAUCUGACAACCAGAAGAUGAGGUUUUAA